AUGUUGGAUAUCUUCCGAGGCCUAAAGAACUUCAUCAAAGUCUCCCAUGUACACAUCGACUCCUCGGUCUUCCGCCUCCACUACUCCAUCACGGUGAUGAUCCUCCUCGCCUUCAGUCUGAUCGUGACGACCCGCCAGUACGUCGGCAACCCGAUCGACUGCAUCCACGCCAAGGAGAUACCCGAGGAUGUCAUCAACACGUACUGCUGGAUCCAUUCCACGUACACCAUCCCUUCUGCGUUUAAUAAGAAGCUUGGUGUGGACGUAGCGCAUCCGGGCAUUGAAAAGUCUCACGCUGAGGAAGAGAAGAGAUAUGUCAAGUACUACCAGUGGGUAUGCUUCUGCCUCUUCUUCCAGAUUCAGUGCUCAGAAGGCGCACCAAGUUUGCUCUCGGAUCUCAGCUGA